UCAACUUGCUUCUGCUAGUUUGCCAAUAAAGAUCUACUUGUUUAAAGAAAGAAAAGGACCAUCUUCGCAUCUUUACAUUCGGCAAAUCGGUCGAUCGGCAGCAUUAGGUUGGGUCUCCUGCAGUGGCGGUGGUUGUGAUAACAUGAUGGCGCCACCGGCGGGUGAGGGAGGAGCAGCGCAGACAAGAGGGCCAGGUCGAGGGCAAGCGCAACAGCAGCAGCCAGGGUUUGGGCAGACGCUGACGGGAAUAAUUAGGAUCGCUGUGUUUUGGUACUUCGCUUCCAAAUUCUUCUCUCCCAAGCGAGGACCCUCUGAGCCAUCUCAGCUGAUGUCAAAUCUCUUCAACAAGGCUGAACCCUUGGACAUGUGGGUUUAUCUAUCUGAAAAUGAAAAGUUUAAUGACUUCACUAAUGAGGGUGCACUCAUUUGGCAUGAGGCAAAUAUUCCAUAUGCUGUUUGGGGGCCAGGUUCUAGUAGGUUCUAUUCCUUGAAGUAUGUCCCAUCAGAGGCUGUGAAAAACAACGGGAGUCUCUAUGCUCAUGCUUUCUUUGCACGUUCUGGUUAUCCUCCAGACCCCAAGGAUCCUGAGUAUCAGCCUUAUGCUGCCUUUGGGAGGACACAUUCUGUUGUGACAUACUUACCUAAGUCAAAAGCUGAUAAAAGGAAAAGUUUGUUAGGGAAUUCCAAAGGCUCUGAAGAAGUUGAAGUACCUCCUGAGGUGAACGAAGAAACACAAGAUGAUUCUAAAGAUGAUGGGCCUACAGAAUGGGUUUCAUUUUGGAAGCCAAAUAUUACAAUCAAUUUGGUCGACGACUUUACAGGAUAUCCCCACAAUGCUAUUCCACCGAAUAUUGCUCCUUAUUUGAAUGUCAACCCUAAAACAUUGAACUACUAUCCUACAGUUUUUUUCAAUGAGUUUUGGUUACUUAGAGACAAGCUAAUACCAAUCAAUGAGACAGUAACAGAAUUACCACUACAUUUGGAGGUGGGUCCCAUAAGUAUGACAAAGUGGCAAUUAUUCCUACAAAUUGAUCAAUCAUUCCAGAUUCACCGUAAUUAUGGAAGCAUGCUUGAAGGAGAGGCUGAUGAACUUAAGAGGGUUUUCUUGGAAGGAAACCCAUAUCUUUUGGCGAUUACAAUGGUUGUAUCAUUACUCCAUUCUGUAUUUGACUUCCUGGCUUUCAAGAAUGAUAUCCAGUUCUGGAACAAAAACAAGUCAAUGGAAGGACUGUCUGCAAAGUCGGUUGUUGUGAGCUUUAUAUGCCAGUUGAUUGUAUUCCUCUAUCUUCUUGACAAUGAUACUUCAUGGAUGAUCCUUGCUAGUUCUGGCAUUGGUUGCUGUAUCGAGUUCUGGAAAAUUGGUAAAGCUAUGCACAUAGAGAUUGAUAGAAGUGGAAGGAUACCUGUAUUGAGAUUUAAAGACCGGGAAUCAUAUGCAAGAAACAAGACAAAGGAGUAUGAUGAUCUUGCAAUGAAGUAUCUAUCUUAUGUGCUCUUUCUCUUGGUGGCAUGCUUUUCUGUUUAUUCUCUAAUGUAUGAGCGACAUAAAAGUUGGUACUCUUGGAUCCUUUCCUCACUUACAAGCUGUGUUUACAUGUUUGGGUUCAUCAUGAUGUGUCCUCAAUUGUUCAUAAACUACAAGCUGAAGUCGGUUGCUCAUCUUCCUUGGAGACAGAUGACAUACAAGUUCCUCAAUACCAUUAUUGAUGAUCUCUUUGCCUUUGUCAUAAAAAUGCCAAUGCUCCAUAGGCUGUCUGUUUUCCGAGAUGAUGUUAUCUUUCUUAUAUAUCUUUACCAGAGGUGGAUUUAUCCAGUGGACAAAAAACGCGUUAAUGAGUUUGGCUUUGGUGGCGAAGACGAUGAUCAAACCUCAUCCAGCACUGAUGCAGCAGCUGAGAAGAAGACUAACUGAACUGGUUGUCCAUAUAUUCUAUGAAAUCAUACUUGUUAGCAGCAGAUGUAACUGUAAAAUUGAAGUAGGAUAAAUGUUCUCCUACAUUUUGAAUCUUUUUUUUUUUUAUUUUGCAUAAUUCUUUUAAUGGUUCUUAGCUGUAGUCAUCCAUUCUGCCGUGUGGCCUAAAAAGUGUUGGUUGAGCAGGAUAGCAGCUACUGCGCAGUGGUUUGUCGACUCCAUAACGUUCAAGUUUGGGCGAUAUUUGUGACUAAGAUUAUUUACGGUAGGCAACAAAUUUCUGGGAGCACAGCAUGUAUUUCAAAUGAAGUAAAAGUAAAACCAACACGGUGCAUUCAUUUCUUUAUA